CUGUGUGGGGCCUGCCGUGUGGGUUGGUGCUGGGACUGGGGUCCCGGUGGCCGUGUGAGCGACCGGUGUGCCCCGCCCCGAAGGCCAUGACGCUGAUGGAGUACCUCAUCAAGACCGGCUCGGAGCGUGUGUCGCAGCAAUGCAAGGAGAACAUGUACGCCGUGCAGACGCUGAAGGACUUCCAGUACGUGGACCGUGAUGGCAAGGACCAGGGCGUGAACGUGCGCGAGAAGGCCAAACAGCUGGUGGCCCUGCUGCGUGACGAGGACCGGCUGCGGGAGGAGCGCGCCCACGCGCUCAAGACCAAGGAGAAGCUGGCGCAGACCGCCACUGCCUCCUCAGCAGCGGUGGGCUCUGGGCCCCCGCCCGAGGCGGAGCAGGCGUGGCCACAGAGCAGCGGGGAGGAGGAGUUGCAGCUGCAGCUGGCCCUGGCCAUGAGCAAGGAGGAGGCCGACCAGCCCCCGUCCUGCGGCCCCGAGGACGACGUCCAGCUCCAGCUGGCCCUUAGUUUGAGCCGAGAGGAGCACGACAAGGAAGAGCGGAUCCGCCGUGGGGACGACCUGAGGCUGCAGAUGGCCAUAGAGGAGAGCAGGAGGGAGACCGGCGGCCAGGAGGAGUCAUCCCUCAUGGAUCUUGCUGACGUCUUCACGGCCCCGGCUCCACCGCCAGCCUCGGACCCCUGGGGGGGCCCAGCGCCCAUGAGCGCCCCCACCUCAGACCCUUGGGGGGGUGCCCCUGUCCCUCCAGCUGCUGAUCCCUGGGGUGGUCCAGCCCCUACACCAGCCUCUGGGGACCCUUGGAGGCCAGCUGCCCCUGCGGGGCCCCCGGUUGACCCUUGGGGUGGGACCCAGGCCCCUGCAGCUGGAGAGGGGCCCACGCCUGACCCAUGGGGGAGCUCUGAUGGCGGGGCCCCAGUUGGCGGACCCGCUGCCUCUGAUCCCUGGGCUCCAGCCCCGGCCUUCUCAGACCCCUGGGGAGGGUCACCUGCCAAGCCCAGCACCAAUGGCACUGCAGUGGGUUUUGACACGGAGCCUGAUGAGUUUUCCGAUUUUGACCGACUGCGCACAGCCCUGCCAACCUCCGGGAGCAGCACGGGGGAGCUGGAGCUGCUCGCCGGAGAGGUGCCCGCCCGCAGUCCUGGGGCGUUUGACAUGAGUGGGGUCGGGGGCUCUCUGGCUGAGGCCGUGGGGAGCCCCCCACCCGCAGUUGCCCCAACACCACCACCGCCCACACGGAAGACACCAGAGUCAUUCCUGGGGCCUAAUGCAGCUCUUGUCGAUCUGGACUCGCUGGUGAGCCGGCCGGGCCCCACGGCGCCAGGAGCCAAGGCCUCCAACCCCUUCCUGCCAAGCGGAGCCCCGACCACCGGCCCCUCCAUCACCAAUCCCUUCCAGCCCGCACCCCCUGCGACGCUCACGCUGAACCAGCUCCGGCUUAGCCCUGUGCCCCCGGUCCCUGGAGCACCACCAACAUACAUCUCUCCUCUUGGUGGGGGCCCUGGCCUGCCCCCCAUGAUGCCCCCAGGCCCCCCGGCCCCCAACACUAACCCCUUCCUCCUAUAAUCCAGGAGGGAGGGGGAUUUGGCCUGGCCUGGCUUCCCCCAUUUCUGCUCCCUGGGAGACCAGUGUUGUGAGUGCAUGUGAAGCGGGGGACCCCCCGCCCCCACCCCAGCACCCUCUCCCUCCUGGGGCCCACUCACACUACACCCUCUUCCAUGUCUCCCCACCCCACCUCCCUGGAGAGAAACUGGACAUGGGGGAUGGGGAGGGGUGCUGGCCAGAGGAGGACCCCUUUCCUGUGGCAUUAGGGGAGGGACAGCUGGGGGUCCCCCCAUCCAUCCCCCUCCCUCCCAGCUGGUCCCUCAAUCAGUGUUUGAGCCUCCUCGUCCCCAUGCACACCCCUUGGUGAAUCCUUGGUGAUAAUUUCGGCGACUUCGGGAAUAAAUGGCAGUUCUCACGGGUGUG